AUGGAAAGGAGGCAACAAUGGCUCUCCCGACUGGAGAGUGAAUUCGGCAACAGCCCCCUCGUCUCCAACGUGGCUUUCGGCUUCAUCCUGAUGGGCUUGGAGAAGCUGGAAUUCGAGUGUCCCUGCGACCCCAAAUGGAACGGGCUGUUUUCCUCCGCCGUCUUCGUCGUUCCUGCCAUCAUGGCAUUUAUGCUGAUGCUAGUCAUCCAGGACUGCAGGUACGAUCUGAGCAGGCUGCCCCAGGACGGUGUCCAUCUCCAGCCUGGUUCCCCCCAUCGUCUGGCUGAUCCGGCUCUUCCUGGCUGGACAGUACUUUGCAGGUUUGUGAUUUGUUGACAAGGCCAGCUCCUCAGAAGUGGUGUGAGCCGCUGCCAUGACGACGGCACGCUGCAGGAGCUCACGGUGCACUCUCAGGAAGUCUCAGGUGAGAAGACACACUGAGGUUAGUUUCCUAGACCCAGAUUAAGCCUUGUCCUGGACUAUAAUACACUUUCAAUGGAGAAUUUCCAUUGAGAUAUAUUUUUUUAUCCAGGACAAGGCUUAAUCUGAGUCCGGGAAAACGGCCCCUGGUUAUUAUUAUUGAUGACUGUGGCAUUAAGCAAAGAAAAGUACUGGUCAAAUAGAAACAAAGUAAUGUCAUGAUGAAUAGCUCUUGUUUCUGUUGUGAAUACUGUAUUUGCUUAUCCUCCAUGACCCUUGACCUUAGUGCAUAUGGGGUGGCAGGUAGCAUAGGUGGGCCAGACAACUGGAGGUUUACCGGUUCAAAUCCCAAGUCCGACAGGAUACGUCUCCUGCCAUUGUGCCCUUGAGCAAUGCACUAAUGCAUUGCACCCCUAAUAUUGCUCCAGGCUCGAUGCACUAUGGUUGACCCUGCGCUUUCAUCCCCUCUGGGUGUGUGUCUUGGUUUUCCUGGGGGAGUUGGGUUGUAAGCAAGAUAACACAUUUCCAUUCUCCACAUGAUUUCUCUUCUUCUAAUGAAGUCUUCUUGUAGGUUAUUGGUAUUCCUCUGCUGAUCUUCAUCUGUGUGGGACUCUUAGUGUACGUGAUCAGAGAGAGCUGCCAGCAGGAACAGGAACUCCAGGAAGUCAACAACACCUAUGAGAUGUAUGAGAUGACAUCAUACUUUUCUGGUGUCGUUUUUUAAAGGUGGCUGUUUUUAAAGGUGGCUGGUUGGUGGUGGGGGGGGGCUUGUUGUGGAUUACAAAUGUUCUCUGUCACUGUCAAAAUGUUAUAUCAAGUUUGUAUGUAAGGUAUAGCAACCAAUAUAACAAAUGUUCCUCAUAGCUAUCAUUUAUAAAUAGGAACGUUUAUAAACAUUGGUACAAAUGAUGUGUCUAUUCCAAUAGGUGAUGUCUUGCCAUGUACCUCUCUUUGCCAAACAGCAGAUGGACUCACACACGGUCUGCCCUGGCACCUUCUGAGACCCAGCAGGGACUGAUAUCCGUUGUUGACAUAAGCAUUUGUGAACUUCUUAUGUAGUGCUUAUGAAUGUGUUAUUUAUAAUUGAUGUGUUAUGAAACCCUUAAAGGUGCAAUCCGAGAUACAGCAAACCAAAAACUGGUCACUUUGGUAAACAACUCUGUAAAAAUGGUGGGGUGACCACUUUAUUGUUGUUUGAAUCCCAGAUUGCCAGGUACCCUUCAAAACUACGUUUAAUAUCUUACAAACAAAUAUGGAGCGUUACAAAACAAGCGCAGCGUCUGGACAUGAAAACGGAACCAAUACUGCCUGAUGGGUGAUACUAGGGAGUGCUAGAUAAAGGGGAAGUAUUCAGGGUAGUGAUGAAGUCCAGGUGUACGUAAUGAUGGGUUGCCAGGUGUGCUUAAUGAUGGGUUGCCAGUUGUGCGUAAAGAUGGGUUGCCAGGUGUGCGUAAAGAUGGGUUGCCAGGUGUGCUUAAUGAUAGGUUGCCAGGUGUACUUAAUGAGGGUUGCCAGAUGUGCUUAAUGAUGGGUUGCCAGAUAGGCUUAAUUUUUUAUGCCAUUUAGCAGACGCUUUUAUCCAAAGCGACUUACAGUCAUGCGUGCAUACAUUUUUUUUUUUGUGUAUGGGUGGUCCCGGGGAUCGAACCCACUACCUUAGCGUUACAAGCGCCGUGCUCUACCAGCUGAGCUACAGAGGACCUUAAUGAUGGGUUGCCAGGUGUACUUAAUGAGGGUUGCCAGGAGUACUUAAUGAGGGUUGCCAGGUGUACGUAAUGAUGGGUUGCCAGGGCCGGUGGUUAGUAGACUGGUGACGUGAGCGCCCGGAGCGGGAGUAGAUGUGACAGCCAGGCUCCAAAGAUCUUCCAUUCUUUGUAGCGCUGAAUAGUACCAUCGUCAUCCUGAGUCCUUCUGAUCCAUCAGAGGGUGUGGAGAACUCUCAUACAUUGCCUACCAGUUUGAGACCCUAUAGUUUAGCUAACAUGGACCGACCCCAACCUUAGCUACUGGACUGACCCCAAUCCUGGUUACUGGACUGACCCCAAUCCUGGUUACUGGACCGACCCCGACCCUGGUAACUGGACCAACCCUGGUAACAGGUCCGACCCCAACCCUGGUAACUGGACCAACCCUGGUAACAGGUCCGACCCCGACCCUGGUAACUGGACCAACCCUGGUAACAGGUCCGACCCCAACCCUGGUAACUGGACCAACCCUGGUAACAGGUCCGACCCCGACCCUGGUAACUGGACCAACCCUGGUAACAGGUCCGACCCCAACCCUGGUUAA